AUGGCGCACCCUCCGUCCCUCCUCGGCCACAGCCACGCGGCCGAGGUCUUCGGCGCAGAGCCCCCGGACCUGGACCUCCAGCUCUGGAGCCUCCUGUCCGCAUCGGCGGCCGCCUUUCCCCACAGAGAGGCGCUCGUCUCGCGCUGGCAGCAGCAAUGGACCUAUCGCUCGCUCCACGAGAGAGCCGAGCGCCUCGCCCGGGCCCUCGCCGGCCUCGGGUGCGCCCCCGGCAUGCACCUGGCCGCCGUGCUCUGCAACUCUGCCGAAUGGGGCCUGUUCCUCUGGGCGGCCGCCAGGCUCGGCAUGGUGUUUGUGCCCAUGGAUGCUCGGGCCGGCCACCAAGAUCUUCUGCUCAUGCUCGAAGCCGUCCGCCCAGCUGUCUUGAUCGUCCAGGACGCCGACUUGGCCCACGACUUGCCGGCCUUGGGGCGUGGUCAGCUCCGAACGCCGCUCCGGGUGACAGGAGAGGCGCCCCUGGACCUGGUCGACAAUGGCGACAUCAUCAGCGUGGCGGCGCCGGCGACGACGACGACGAGGGUUUGCCACGAGGGCCAGACGUCGGCCACCGGCGUCCACGAGUCGGCCAACAAGCAUGACGUCGCCCUCGUCACCUUCACGAGCGGAACGACAGGCUCCCCCAAGGGCUGUCCGCACACGAGCCGAAACCUCGUGGCGCAAACACACGACUUCGACCCCAAGCGAGACCCAAGGGCCGUCGAUCGCUGGCUCGUCCACACGCCCGUCAGCCACAUCUUCGCCAUCAACAAUGCCCUGCGCGCCUGGCGCGGCGGCGACGCCGUCGUCUUCCCCUCGCCCUUAUUCGACGUGGCCGCCACCGCCGAAGCCCUGGCGCACGACGGGUGCACCGUCAUGUCGGCCACGCCCACGCUCGUCAGGGCCCUGCUGGCGCACGAGGCCCUGCCCCCAACCUCCAGGGGUCUCGGCCUCUCCAUGGUGACCAUGGCCGGCACCUGCGUGCGGCCCGAAGACGUCCUCCUCUGCCGCCAGGGCUUGGGGGCCAGGGAUGUCGUCCAGGCAUACGGCAUGAGCGAGGGGGGCCCGCUGGUGAGCUGGACCAGACGAGACCCCCUGCUCGCCGACGGCCGUCAUCCCGGCGUAGGCAAGGUCCUCCCCGGCGCGGCCGUGCGCAUCUGUACGCCCGGCACCCGCGAGGUCCUCGGGCGCGGCGACGUCGGGGAGUUGCACGUCGGCGGACCGUCCGUCAUCUCGGGGUACCUGGCCGGCGUGGACGGCGCUUCGUUUUACACCGACUCCUCCGGCUCGUGGCUCGUGACCGGUGACAGGGGCAGGAUGGACGCGGACGGUGUGCUGCACCUCGAGGGGCGGUACAAGGACCUGAUCAUCCGCGGCGGCGAAAACAUCCAUCCGGCCAGGAUCGAAGCGGCCCUGACCGAAACCCCUGAUCUGCAAGCACAGAUCAUAGGCAUCCCAAACAACAUCGCCGGCCAGCUCGCAGUCGCCGUCGUGAGCCUCCCCCAGGGCUAUUCCAAGGCACACGUGGCCGAAAAGGCGAGAGCCCUUGGCCCCAGGUACGCCCUCGACGCCGUCUACACUCUUGAAGAGCUCGGGCUGGGGCAGAUGCCCGCAACGUCCCUCGGCAAGCCCAAGAAGGGCAUCCUGAUAGAAGCCGUCGUCCGUCUCCGCGCGGCGAGCCGGCUCGAGGCUUCGGCCGAAGUUUCUGAGCUGCAGGCUCUGUCCCACGCACUCGCCACGACGUGGGAGAAGCUGACGGGCCAUCGUCCGUCCCCGGAGCACCAGGUCUCCCGCUUCGCCGACAGCAUAACCCUGCUCCGGUACUGUGACAGCGUCCUGCGCCUCAACGGUAAGCGCCUGUAUCUCCAAGACCUGGCAACGCAUGACACGCCUGAGAAGCAGGCAAGGCUGCUGCUGGACCGCGACGCGCAGCAGGAUGCGUUGUCCGGCGCCCAGGGGGGCGUGUGCUCGGCCUGGACGCUACACGGCGGCAUCUCCUCCACCCGUGGCCUUGACCUGAUCGCCAGCUCCGACGGCCAGCGACACGCCGCCUUUGUAACUCGAGCAGCCAGUCGCCAUGAGCUGUGGGAGACAGCCAAACGCAGACUUCAGUCUCUCGGCCUUGACCGAUGCGAGGUCGAGGACGUGGUCCCCAUCCGAAGCUCCUUCCAGCGCAUGAUAUCCGGUCAGCGGCCGCAGUCCUUUCACAUCCGUGUCGUCUUCCGCGUUGCCCAGGCCAAAGCGCCGCAGAUGCGCAAGGCCAUCGAGAAAGGGUUGACGCUCCGGCCCAUCCUCCGAACAGUCUCCUGCAGACCCUCCGGCCAGGCUCCCUUCCACGCCGUGGUGAAGGCGCACCACCAGCUCUUUGGUCGACAGAUUCGCGAGGUCCAAGUCAGGACGGAGCAAGAAGCAGAGGAACGCUACUCAGAUGACUCGGCAUCCUGCCGGGUACCGGAACUGAUGUUCUCAGCCGACAUCAUCGCGGUCAUGGAGACUGGGCAGUGCUAUCUGUCGGCGAUGUAUAACCACUCCGUCGUAGAUGCCGUCUUCUUGCUCGAGUGGCAUCGCGACUUGGGCCAGCUCAUCAGCGGAUCCGGGACGGCAUGGCCCGUCGACGCCCGAAGCCCGUACCGCUUCUGGGCCGACCUCUGGCACCAGUAUCAAGACAGCCUCCCGGCCCAGGCCUCCGUGUCCUUCCACGUUGAGCGACUACGCGGCAUCUCGCGCUUCAAGCACCAUCUCUGGCCCCCGCAGAGGGCACCGGGGUGGAUGAUGGCGCGCGACGAAGAUGCAUCAGAUGCCCAGGCGCGCCGCCGCGUCCGGGACCAGGUCUGGCACGGGACGUGGAACGACAAGAGGGCGUCUGAGUUUCGCUACCCGCGGCGAAGUCGCGUCGUCUGCCUGCCCAAGCUCGCCCAGCUGCGACGAAGCUUGGGCGUCGAGCCCGCGCUGCUAGCGAGAUGCGCCGUCGCCAUCUUCAACAUUGUCCAGACCGCCUCUCCCUACGCCGUCUUCAACUCCUGGGAGAGCGGCCGGUCCUGGCCCUUUGUCCCCGGCUGGAUGCAGGGUCUCCUCCCGCCGGCUCCAAGCAUCGACGGCCCGACGGCGGAGCGGAUUCUCAACGUUGUCGAGGUCAAGGAAGACGAGACGGUGCGCGACUUCUUGCAGCGCAUGGUGCGCGAGAACGACGAGGCUGCCGCGCAUGCGCAUGUCCCCUGGGACAAGGUUGUCAGCGAGCUCAAGGAGGAGGGCCCUGUUGCGGUUGACGCUUCCUUUCGUCAGUCCUUUGUCUGGGAUGUCAGCAUGGGCAAGUCUCUUUCUCACCACGACGACAAGGCUCUGUAUCCCGUGGCCAGACACGACUGGGCCGAUUUCGGCUUCUGCUGGAACAUGUUCCUGGCCAGCCCGGAAAACAUGAUAUUCAUCGCCUCGUGGGACACGGCGCAGAUGAACGUCGACGAGGUGGACCGGCACUGCGACUGCAUGGCCGCCGUAAUGAGACGUCUAGCCAACGAGGCACACUGGGACACGAGGAUUGGGCAGGCCAGAGACGGCUUAACCGCAGGCAUUUUGUGA